AUGAAUAAAAUUGGAGAUAUUGGAACAAAAUAUUUAAGCGAUGUAUUACAAACGAAUCAAACAAUCACUGAGUUGAACCUUGGGCAAAAUAAAAUAAGUGAUAUUGGAAUACAAUAUUUAGCUGAUGCAUUAAAAAACAACAAAGUACUCACCAUCGUCGAACUCUACUACAAUCAAAUCGGAAAUAGUGGAGCACAAUAUCUUUAUGAUGCCUUCAAAGAGAACAAAACACUUAUCAAAUUGAACCUCAAAGGAAAUCCUGGUAGCUAUUGUACAAUUGUGACUGCAGCAAGUGAAAUACGAAAUGAUAAAGCAAUCACGAAAAUGGAUCUCUGUGGGAAGAGUAUUGAUGACAUUGGGACGAAAUUUUUGGCUGAUGCACUAGUCAAUAAUGAAACAAUCACUGAGUUGGAUCUUUCCGUGAAUAAAAUCGGAGAUAUUGGUACAAAACAUUUAAGUGAUGCAUUACAAACGAAUCAAACAAUCACUGAAUUGAACCUUGGGCAAAAUAAAAUAAGUGACAUUGGAAUACAAUAUUUAGUUGAUAUGUUGCGAAACAAUACGACAAUCACUUCGAUUGAUCUUUCAGGAAAUCAAAUUGGAGACAUUGGGGCUAAAUAUCUUGCUGAUGCUUUAGAAAACAACAAAACACUUAUUAUACUUAGUCUUAAAUCGCAUCAAAUUGCAGAUACUGGAGCACAACAAUUGGCUGUAGCUUUGGAAAAAAACAAAUAUAUAAAAUCAAAUCAAACAAGUAACUUAUUUCGUCUUCAAAUGGCUUUAUCACUUAAUUCCAUUGGUUUUAGUUGCAUUAUAUUUUUAGUCUUAUUACAAGUUGCUAAUGGUCUUCUAUGCUACAAUUGUACAGAUUGUAGUAGUGUUAGCAGUAGUACAGCGACAACAAAUUCAACAGACAGUGGUGCUGCAUGUUACGUAAGUGAUACUAAUAUUUCUCUAAUACGAUAAAGAUUUACUUUUUCUUUCGUUAUAGAAAACUUCUCUCGUUAUACUCUUUCUAACAGAAAUAAAUCGUGGUGUUUCAACUAACUGCACACAGACUACAACGUCUAUUGGUGGUACCUACUGCUGUUCAACCGAUCUUUGCAAUGCAAGUGCUUCUCUGAGCAGUUCAUUAUUGUUGGCAUUAGCUCUCACUACGUUUGCCACUAUGUCUAAAAUGAUUCUGAUCAAUUGAAAAGAAC